AUGCCACGACCGCCUGCAAAAGCAAGUUCCGUGGUCGUGAGUGGUCCGCAAGUUGCAGCAAUUCCACAAACAACGACUGCGCAGCCACCGUCGUCCGCGUCUUGUUUGCAGCAAGUCAAAAACGAGGUCGAGAUGCAGCAACUGCAACUGCACCAACUCCGCCAGCAACAGCAACAGUACCAACUGCAGCAACAGCAACAAGCACAGAUGCAGCAGCAACAGCAACAACAGCAGCAGCAGCAACUUCAACAGCAACUUCAACAGGAACUGCAACUGCAACAGCAACAAUACCCCCAAGCCCCAGGACCGGUUUCUUCCAGCUCAACAGGUCAAGCUUCACUCGCGAGCAACGUCACUGCAUCGCACUCUGCUGUCAACGCAGCAGCCGCCGCCGCCGCCGCCGCAGUAGCCGCAAACGCAGGCGGAGCAACAGCUGGGAAUGGCUACGCGUUUCCCCGCAAUUCGCCGGAAUUCGCGUGCGAAAACGUCGGCGAACGGGUCAAAGGCAAGCGCCGAAAGUACUGUCCCCACGAAGUGACGGCGCUUGUCUUGGGCGUGCAGCGCUACGCCGACGACAGCUGUCCCUGGAGCUCCAUCUUGCGCGAUCCGCACCUCGGCCACUUGUUCCACGGACGGAGCGGCGUCGACUUGAAGGACAAGUGGCGGACGCUGAUCAAGACGCGACCGGAGCUCGCGGCGUACACGAAGAACCGCAAGAACCACCGCAAGUACCGCCCGUUUUCGGCCACGGAAGAGCGCGCGCUGUUGGACGGCGUGAAAAAGUACAAUGGCCAGCGCAACGUCUGGUCGCUCAUUUUGAUCGACAAAGAGCUCGGCCCUCAGUUUAAUGACCGCUCGAAUGUCCAGCUCAAGGACAAGUUCCGCACCAUGCGACGGGCCGGCACCACGUCGGCGUUAGUAGCGAGCGAGGGCGGCACGAGUGCCUUAACGCGACGGCCGACGUCGACUGCUGCUGCCGCUGCUACUGUCGCUGAUGCUGCCGCUGCUGCUGUGGCGUCCGUGGAAGAAGGGACACCGCCGUCGGACGUGAGUGGUGCGACGACGUCGAGAGCGCAAGCCCCGACGACUGCCGCGUCGGCCAUGUUGAUGAUGCCGGCAACCAGCCGCGCGCUCCUUUCGACCGUUGCUUCAGCGAGUCAACAAGCUGCGUCGCUAUUGGUGCAAAACAGCAACGCGGCGUCGGCCAUGUUCGGCGACCCGAACUUGUACUUGGCCGGGUCGUUCCCGCUCCCGUUGCACAUGUCGCAGGCGAUGACGAUGCCGCUGUCCAUGGCCACGACGCCGUCACGGCAGCAGACGACGCACGCCCAAGUGCAAGCGCAGACGUACGCGCAAGCACAAGCGAUUGCAACGGCGCAGGCGCGUGCAGCCCAAGUGCAGAUGGAAGCGCAGAUGCAGCACUUGCGAGCCCAUGGCGGCCAGCAGCACGUGGACAUCAAGCAGCAGUACCAGGCGAUGAAUGCGGCGCACAAUACGAGAGGAGAAAGCAUGACAAGCGCGCAAGAUAUGAGGGACACUGAAUCCGAUGUAACCAUUCAGGCCAACUACUGCUAA